AUGAAUCAGAAGACAGGGCUGAAAAGAACUAAAUGUACAAUUUGCUCUGGGCUUUCGUUGAACGCAAACGAAAACGGUGAAAACUUUUGCGAGAAAUAUUUUCUCAACUUCCUAAUCGACCUACGCGAAAAGUUUCACGAUCCGAGUCAAACUGAGGAAUAUUUUCAAAACUCAGCUUUCGAUGAUGAUGAUCAUAUUAAUCAAAUAUCAUGUACUGGCUUAACUCUAAUGCAUGUAAACGUUCUCGGCGAUCUUACAUCUUGCAUGACGAAUGAAUCCUUAUUUGAUUUGGAAUAUCUGCGGUUGACUUAG